UCAAAAAAAAAAAAAAAAAAAAUUAAAGUCCUUGGGAGAAGUGGAGUUCACACCCCCGUUGGAGUUGUGGCACAGGACAGUGAACAGCUCAGCACACAGGGUAGGAGGGCCCCAGGGACCUUGGGCAGCCCAGGAACCGGCACGGGGUAUCGGGACUGACCGGCUCCCGGGCACCUUGGUAAGACUGCAGGUGUGGCCGGCUGAUCCCCUGUGGAGACAGUAAAGAUUAAGAGGAUCAUAAACUGCGUCCAGCGGCUGCCCCGGGAGAAAUCUCCUCAAGCCAGAGCCUCUGCUGUGAGGGGCUUCGGGACCUGGGGCCAGCCCCUGGGUUCAGACAGAGUUCAGGCAGAGAGGCAGGAGAGGCGGAGACCCACAGAGAGAGACAGAGACGGGAGAGAGACAAAGGCAGAGGGAGCUGCCAGGGCCAGGGAGAAGGAGUAGCAGAGAGAGAAGAGAGACACAGGCACAGAGAGACAGAGGUUCAUGGACUGAGGCAGAGGCUGGGCCCGGCUCAGCAACCCAGGUCUCCCGCAGGAAAACCCCGAGACCAGGCCCGCUCCGAUGAGCUCCACCGUGGCUGCAGCUGCCCCUGCGGCUGGGGCUGCCUCCAGGAAGGAGUCUCCAGGCAGGUGGGGCCUGGGGGAGGAUCCAACAGGCAUGGGCCCCUCGCUCCAGUGCCGCGUGUGCGGAGACAGCAGCAGCGGGAAGCACUAUGGCAUCUACGCCUGCAAUGGCUGCAGCGGCUUCUUCAAGAGGAGCGUGCGGCGGAGGCUCAUCUACAGGUGCCAGGUGGGGGCAGGGAUGUGCCCCGUGGACAAGGCCCAUCGCAACCAGUGCCAGGCCUGCCGGCUGAAGAAGUGCCUGCAGGCAGGCAUGAACCAGGAUGCUGUGCAGAACGAGCGCCAGCCCCGAAGCACAGCCCAGGUCCGCCUGGACAGCAUGGAAUCCAACUCUGAGCCCCGGCCAGAGCCUCUGGUGGCUCCCCCGGCCCCGGCGGGGCCCAGCCCACGGGGCCCCACGCCCAUGUCUGCAGCCAGAGCCCUGGGCCACCACUUCAUGGCCAGCCUUAUAACAGCCGAGACCUGUGCUAAGCUGGAGCCAGAAGAUGCUGAUGAGAACAUUGAUGUCACCAGCAAUGACCCUGAGUUCCCCUCCUCUCCAUUCUCCUCCUCCUCCCCCUGUGGCCUGGACAGCAUCCAUGAGACGUCGGCUCGCCUGCUCUUCAUGUCUGUCAAGUGGGCCAAGAACCUGCCCGUGUUCUCCAGCCUGCCCUUCCGGGAUCAGGUGAUCCUGCUGGAAGAGGCGUGGAGUGAACUCUUCCUCCUCGGGGCCAUCCAGUGGUCUCUGCCUCUGGAUAGCUGUCCUCUGCUGGCACCGCCAGAGGCCUCUGCUGCUGGUGGUGCCCAGGGCCGGCUCACGCUGGCCAGCAUGGAGACGCGCGUCCUGCAGGAAACUAUCUCUCGCUUCCGGGCAUUGGCAGUGGACCCCACGGAGUUUGCCUGCAUGAAGGCCCUCGUCCUCUUCAAGCCAGAGACGCGGGGCCUGAAGGAUCCUGAGCACGUGGAGGCCUUGCAGGACCAGUCCCAGGUGAUGCUGAGCCAGCACAGCAAGGCCCAUCACCCCAGCCAGCCCGUCAGGUUUGGGAAGUUGCUGCUACUCCUCCCGUCUUUGAGGUUUAUCACUGCGGAACGCAUCGAGCUGCUCUUUUUCCGCAAGACCAUAGGGAACACUCCAAUGGAGAAGCUCCUUUGUGAUAUGUUCAAAAACUAGUGGGAGCGGAGGUGAAAUGUUUCCAAGCACUCUGGAAAACGAUCUACUGAAGUGAAACAUUUGCCUACUCUUUGCCCCAGCAAUUCUGCUUGUAGGUAGGUGUGUGUACCCAGCAGAGAUGCUCACCAAAAGAUAUUGUAAGAAUAUUCAUAGCAGCUUUAUUCAUAAUAGCCCCAAACUAUACAUUGAUGGUAGGAUGAAUUAACGCAUUGCGGUACCUUCAUAUAAUGAAAACUAAUUUAAAAAGAAUGUAUUACGGAUACAUGUGACAACACGGGUAAACGUCACAGACCUAAAAGUUGAAUGAAAGAAGCUGGGCAGAAGUUCCAUUUAUGCAGUGUUCAAGCACAGACAAGAUUAACUGCUGGUGACCCAAGGAAUAGUGAUUAUUUCCAGGUGGUGUGGGAUUGAUUCUGAAGGGGCCCACGGGAACCCUCUGGUGGAAUAGAAAUGGUAUUGAUUUUGAUCUGGGCAGUAUUUUCACAAAUGUAAAAAUUCAAUGAGCUGUGCACUUUACUGUAUUUUGUUAGACCUCAAUAAAAAAGU